AUGGCCGCCGUGUUCCUGGUGACGGUCUACGAGUACUCGCCCCUUUUCUACAUCGCCGUGGUCUUCGUCUGCUUCUUGGUCACCAGCGGCCUGGUCUUGGGAUGGUUUGGCUGGGAUGUUCCUGUGAUUCUGAGAAACUCGGAAGAAACGGAGUCGAGUGCAAAAGUCUGCCAGAAGCAGAUGCGGCAAGUGAAGAACCCCUUCAGCUUGGAAGUCAGCAAUCCCGCAGCCGCCUCCCUCGCAAGUGGCAUCUCUCUGACACUCGAUUGUCUGGAAGACUGUCUGCUGACAUGCUACUGGGGCUGCAGUGUUCAGAAACUCCACGAAGCUCUGCAGAAGCAUGCCUAUUGCUUCCGAAUAAAAACCCCACAGGCGUUUGAGGAUGCCUUGCAAGAUGAAUAUCUCCACCGCCAGCAGUACUGCGUAAAGAAAGCUGACAAAUUGGAGAAGUGUUGUCUUUUACCAGAAGAGGCACAAAUAACUGCGCUUGGCCCCGUGCCCAGAUCUCGGUACCCGCUGGUAGCGCUGCUGACGUUGGCAGAUGAAGAAAACAGGGAAAUAUAUGACAUUAUCUCUAUGGUAUCCAUAAUUCACGUUCCGGAUGACAGUUACCGGCUUUCCUGCAGAAUACUGUAUCAGUACCUCCUCCUGGCUCAGGGUCAAUUUCACGAUCUGAAGCAACUCUUCAUGUCUGCCAACAUCACCGCCCCCCCUUUGUGCGGCCCUCCUUCCGGAGAGACGACCGAGGACCGUGCCCUGCUCGAGAAGGCUGGGCUGGCCGGGGAGGAGGAGGAGCCGGAGCCAGUGGAGGAGAGCAGCAGGGACUGCAUCGUCUGCCAGAACCGGGCCGUCAACUGGGUGCUCCUUCCUUGCCGGCACACCUGCUUGUGCGACGAAUGCAUCAAGUAUUUCCAGCAGUGCCCCAUGUGCCGGCAGUUCGUCGUCGAGUCUUUCCCACUGAGCAGCCGGAAGGAGUAA